AUGGCCUGACUCCAUCCUCCCUAUGGGACGUAUCACCAUGGGUGGGAUCCCCCCGAGCCUCCCUGCCCCAAUCCAAACAGCCCCUCAGCCUUAAAGCUGCUCCAGGCCCUUGGUCGCUAUGGUGGCCUUCCUUUGGGCUCUCACCAUUGCGCCCAGCUCCCUCCUGCACCGAUCCCAGCACUGUGCAGAGGGGCAGCAUCCCCCCUCUUGUCCUGCUGGUGAUGCUCUGUUGCAACCAAGACCAUCAUCAGCACCAUUUGCCCGAGGGCCCAUCUCUGCCUCGUGUCCCAUUGGGUGCCCACCGGGACCCCUGGGUCCCAAACUCAUCACCGAGCUGCAGGCAGCAGCAGAGCUGAUGAACAGUGGGGUUGAACUGGAGCUAAUGAACCUUGUGGGGCAGCUGCGUCCCUGUGUGCGUUGGGAUUGUACACAGAUGUAAUCCGGAGCAAAGAGCAGUGGGUCUCAGCUCUAUGCUGAAUACUUUCUGAGUAUAACGAUAAAGAAACCUUAGAAACCCCUUUAGAGGUUAGCAAUAGGCAGCGACACCCCAAUAAUCCUGGGCUGUGUGUCCAGCAAGGUGCUGGACAUGGAGCUCAGGGAGCAUUCCCAGGCUGCUCCAUCCGGAGGCACUGGAGCACGUGCAGGAGAGCAGAACGUGUGAGCCAAACUCUUGGGAAAGGACAGGAGGCUUUGCUGCUGUGCCCGAGGAACCUGGAGAGCGUCAGGGAGCUGCGAUGGGGAGAAGGGAAGCAGGCAGAUGAGAGCAGACAGAUCCAUGGGGCUGCCAGAGCUCUGCGGUGCGUUCCUGGUGGAACUUUAGGGGCUGUGGCUGCAGCACUGCUCUGCCCCAGGGCUCCAGCCCCAGCAUUGCAGCUGCUGAGCUGCUCUGUGCCCUGCGUGGAAGCUGAGGUCUGGGGAGUGUCAUGGGGCCGGCACUGAGCUGAUGCUCUACGGGGCUCUGGCUUUAAGGUUUUCUUGCUCCAACUGCAGCUCUGCAAAGGGAGGAAUCCUUCAGCAAAUGAACUCUUCAGCCUGCUUUCAACUGCUGGGGUUCACCCCAGGGCACAGGGAUUGGAGCCAGGCAGCCUCGGGGCUGCUGAAGAGGAAAGCACUGAUUGUCACAACACUGGGACUCAUCAGGAGGAAAUGGAAUCCCACAGGGACAGCCCAAUAUAGACACAGUCCUGAGGGUGAGGGAGGCAGGGAACGUGGGGCUGAGUGGCACUCAGUAGUGGCAAACCAAUAUUGGGCUGUCCCUGUGGGGUCCUGCAGGAGCUGGGGCAGCUCCGCAGCUCUCCUGAUCAAUGCUGGCCUCGUUACCCUCUCUGCUUUAAAUCCAGGCAUGGAUUUCUGGCCUCCCACCUUCCUUAAUGCAUCCCCUUGCAGUGAGCCCCACGUCUCUGUAUCUGACUGUGCCAAGCUGAGCAUUUAUCACCUCCCUACAGCUCACAAACCCUUUUGCCUGGGGCAGUUCCAUGCUGGGCUCUGCUCCCCAUCCCUCUCACCUCCAUCCUUGCUGUGGCAGCCCUGGUCUGCACAUCCCCAUCCUCACAGUGCUGGGGACAGUGGGAUCUUUCCCUUCCUACUGGGAGACCACAGGCAAGGAGCUCCGACGUCUUCUGUAGAGCUUCAAGGAGGCGGCAGGUUGUGCCUCUCACAGAGCCCUAGAAUGGCCUGGGUUGCACAGGAGCUCAAUGCUCAUCUGGUUCCAACCCCCUGCUAUGUGCAGGUCGCCAACCAGCAGCCCAGGCUGCCCAGAGCCACAUCCAGCCUGGCCUCCAAUGCCUGCAGGGAUGGGGCAUCCACAGCCUCCUUGGGCAACCUGUGCCAGUGCCUCACCACCCUGUGUGUGUGAAAAACUUCCACCUCAUAUCCAACCCAAACCUCCCUUGGCUCACUUUAAAACCAUUCCCCUUGUCCUGUUGUGUAUCGGUCUGCCUCUCAGUGACCUUUGAUUUGGGGAGAACAGAGACUCCCUGGCUGGGCCAAAAAUGUGUUUUGCUGAAGAGGAAAUGCAGCGUUUGGGGCGGUGCUGGAGGUGCGAAGCGCUGAGCAGGGUUUCUCUUUGUGGACGUGUACAGGGAGGGGUGGCAGCUUUGGUGGCACUGAUUUGUCUGGCUGCAGACUGGAAGAGAUCUGGGACAGUUGAGUCUUCCUCAGUUCUGUUUCGCAUUGUGGAAGGGCUGUGGUUCCUCAGGGUGUUUCCUUUUUCUGGUGGUGCUGAGGUAUAAACCACAGUUCUGACUCCCAUCUGUGCAUUUGCCUCUGCAGCUCAGCACGUGAUGCACUUACUGUAGAUGCACAGCAUGCUUGGGUUGGAAGAGUCCUUAGGGAUCACAGAACUGUGGGUUGGGUAGGGUUGGAAGGGACCUUAAAGAUGAUAGAAUCAUGGGUUGAGUAGUUGGGUUGGGUAGGGUUGGAAGGGUCCUUAAAGAUGAUAGAACCAUGGGUUGAGUUGGGUUGGGUAGGGUUGGAAGGGUCCUUAAAGAUGAUAGAACCAUGAGUUGAGUUGGGUUGGGUAGGGUUGGAAGGGUCCUUAAAGAUGAUAGAACCAUGGGUUGAGUUGAGUUGGGUAGGGUUCGGAUGGUUCUUGAAGAUCAUAGAGCUGUGGGAUGGAUUGGCUUGGGUUAGAAGGGUCUUGAAAGGUCGUAGGACCAUGGAAUCAUUGGAUUGGGUUGGGGUAGGGUUGGAAGGGUCCUUAAAGAUGAUAGAACCAUGGGUUGAGUUGGGUUGGGUAGGGUUGGGAUGGUUCUUGAAGAUCAUAGAGCCGUGGGAUGGAUUGGGUUGGGUUAGAAGGGUCUUGAAAGAUCGUAGGACCAUGGAAUGGUUGGGUUGGGUUGGGUAGGGUUGGAAGGGUCCUUAAA